CAUGAUAGAGCUCCAGUGAGCAGCGAAGCGUUAAGGGUCAUUUCUUGCACAGCCAGCACACGAUCGCCCGGUCAGUCUUGCUGUUGAUCGCAGCGCGAAAGGUUCUCCGGGAAAGCAAAACAACCAACUCCGCACAAUCAGUAUGAGUGCAUUAUCGACGGUACUGCUGCUAGCGGGCCUAGUGGCCUGUGUUGCCGGGCUGCUGACGGACGAAGCCUGCCCACAGGAUGUGACGGCGAUGAGUGGCUUUUCGCUGAACGAUUACGCCGGCCGCUGGUACGAGAUCAAGCGGUACGAGCAGUUCUACGAGAAGGAUCUGGACUGCGUGGUGGCCGAGUAUCAGAAGACGGGCGACAACAGCAUCUCGGUGAAGAAUGGUGCCUUCAGCCUGGCGAACAAUACGCGCGUGGUGGCGGACGGUACGGCCGUCGUAUCCUACCCGGACGAUACGACCCAUCCGGCCAAGCUGAGCGUCGCGUUCUUCGGAGCAAAGCCCGAUCGUAGCAACUACUGGGUGCUGGACACCGACUACACCUCGUUCGCCGUCGUCUGGUCCUGUGAGCCAUUCUUCCGCGAUCCCUCCAAGAAUGUCCUCGGUUUCUGGAUCUUCUCGCGCAACCCAACCUUCCCGACCGACGAAGCCGUGGUGAAGCGCGUGGACGAGCUGGUGAAGAAGUAUGCCGACGCGUCCAAGUUCGAAGUGCCGAACCAAUCGGACGAACGAUGCCCUCGAUCGUACUAGAAGCUCUCACAAGGUACUAACGGUGUGUAAUUGGAGUGAUUUUCUCAUAAAAGACAAUAAAGCGACUGUAAGGCGGU